AUGCUGUUUUAUGAGCUGCUCCCACAAGGCGAUACCGUCACCAUUUCCACGCUAGUCAGCUCCAGAAGCUCGCACCGUCUGCUCGAAAAAGAACGUCCGAGACGAGCUUCGGUGCACCUCCUCCACGAUAUCGCUUGGCCCUUUGUAGCUAAGGAGACCUAUGGAAAACUGGAGGAGUUAGGCAAGGACACGGUGUACAACUCCUCUUAUUCUCCCAACCCUGACCCCUCAGAGAACCUCAUAUUCCGGCCUCUCAAUGCUCUCCUAGCUAAGAAUAUCUUCACCAAGUUUGAAGAAGUCGAUCAGGUCGUCAGCGACUUCUUCAAAUCCCAGUCUCCCAAGAUCUGA